CUAAAAAAUAUAACUGCUGUGACCACCUUUCAAAAUGUCUCUUUGUAUUCCCUUUGUUUUUUUUAAUGGACACAACCAAUUACUCUAAUAUUACCUUUUCUCUUCUCUUCUCCUUUUUAAACGGUUUUUACGAUAAAAAAAGUCUGGGGUUUAAAACCUUUAAAUUUCGAAACCAAGAAUAAAAAAGCCAAAAAAGUUAUCAAAUGACCCACUAGUAUAAAAUUUUUUCAUUUGGUUGGUCACAGCAAUCUUGGAUCCCUAAAAAUAAUUUUUUGAAUUAAGAAACACCAAAUCUAAAAAUGUUAAUGUCUCCUGAAAAAAUAGUAAAUGAAGAUGAAACUGAAGAGGAAAAAAUUGUCAGAAAUGCUAAGAUUAUUUUACAAAGACCAUGAUUUGAAUGCCAGACUAAACUAUGAAUUAAACAUGGAGUAUUUAACUGAUAUUGUUGAAAAAAUACAAAAUAAAAAAGAAUCAAUGAAAAAAUUGAUGUGAAAGAAGAAAUGUUUGUUUUAAAUAAAAUCUUAGAAAAAAUAAUAAGGAUAUCAAGCCCGUAACCAAGACUUUUUUUGAGGAGGGG